UCUCCACUUCAUAUGCAAUUAUAAAUUUUAUUUACAUUAAUUAUACGCGGAAAUUGCUCAAGCUAGGAAUCAGGUUUGAAAAGUCGCAUGCGCGCGAUUUGCAUACAAAUACCGACAAUCGGAGAUUGAUUAACAAACUUCGCAGUAAAUAUGUAUCGCCGGAAAACGAUUGGGGACGCGAAGAAGAAUAGAAAAACCAAGCCGCGCGUGUUUGCAAAAUCAAAUCCCACACUCUUCUUGAUUUUUGCGACUUCAACUUCCGCUCGUCGGCUGCCUCCGCAAGAGUCGCGGCGGUGGCGAUUUUUUAGGACAAAAGCCGUGGUCAGGGGGGAGAGUUUCGUUGAUGACCACGUCGCGUCACACGCGGGGCGACGCGAGAAACUGAUAAGUGGGACAUACGCUUCAGCAUCUCGCUAUUUCGUAGUGAACUCGCCGUCGGGUCGGACCAUCCUUUCCAAGGAGAGAGAAUCACCGGGAAAUCAUUGUGUCACUUGUAUUUCUCACGAGCGUUCACGAGUGAUCCUUGCGGCAACGAACUUUUGCAAUCUCGUUGACGUUCAUCCGUCGUGCCAAACGUAUUCCGGCAACAUGGCGCCGAAUUUGUUCGGCAGUUCAGCGACCCUGUACCUCGAGGCUUCUCAGCAGGAUGUGUCGCAAAAGAAUACGUCGGAGAAGAACGUAACGCAAAAAGUGACACAGAAAGCACAGAGCUCGAAGCCCAAUUAUCGAUGGAACAUCGUCUGGAGGAAUGUGAUAGCUUUUGUCUACCUUCAUCUCGGAGCACUUUACGGACUGUACCUUUUAAUAGUGGCCGCCAAAGGCUACACAUUUAUUUGGGUUUUUACAGUUGGCUCUUUCGGAGCUGUGGGCGUUACAGGAGGCGCUCACAGACUCUGGGCUCAUCGGUCUUACAAAGCGAAGUGGCCGAUGAGAAUCAUUCUUAUGCUCUUCCAGACCAUGGCCUUUCAAAAUCAUAUCUACGAAUGGGUGAGAGAUCAUAGAGCCCACCACAAGUUUACGGACACGGACGCCGAUCCUCACAACGUGCAGAGAGGCUUCUUCUUUUCGCACAUGGGCUGGCUCUUGGUGCGCAAACAUCCGGAUGUUAUCAAAAAAGGCGCAGCGAUCGACAUGAGCGAUAUCGAGAAGGAUUUUGUCGUCGUCUGGCAACGCAGAUUGUACAUCGUUUUGAUGCCGGUCAUUUGCUUCUUGCUGCCCACCUGGAUACCGUGUCAUUUUUGGGACGAGAAGCCCAUGUAUGCGUGGUACGCCACUCUCUUCAGAUACACGCUCUCGCUUCACCUCACCUGGCUGGUGAACUCCGCGGCGCACAUGUGGGGCAUGAAACCAUAUGACAACACGAUCAGUCCCACUGACAGUUACACCGUCGGCAUCGGCGCUUUCGGCGAGGGUUGGCACAAUUACCACCACGUCUUCCCGUGGGACUACAAGGCCGCCGAGCUGGGCAACUAUCGGACCAACCUCACCACCGCGUUCAUCGACUUCUUCGCCAAAAUCGGUUGGGCAUACGAUCUGAAGACCGUGGCGCCGAACAUGAUAAAAAAACGCGCGGAGAGAACGGGCGACGGCUCGAAAUACGAGAGAGUGUCCGAUGAUCAUCACACGCACGAGGGUGCUAUUUGGGGCUGGGGCGACGCCGACAUGACCACUGAGGACAUAAAGAAGGUCAAUAUCAUCAACAAAAGCGACUGAAACCUGAGAAUCUCUCGGUACCUCUGACUGUGGCAUUACAUUCGGCCGGGACUUUGUUGAACGGAACGUGGAUAUUCGGCGAUCGUUUAAAUACGCGAUCUAUUCGAUAGUCUGAUUGUGAGCGGCGUUCGAUUUAUAUUAUAUUUUUAAAGUAGCGUAAUUGAAAAGCUCGAUAUUGUAGAAAUUAUUGUUUGCUCUUACUUAUCGAAACGUCAUCGAUUUGUUCUUGCCGCAGUACAUAUAUUUCUUUUGAAAUCAUCUCAAUUUGCGAGUUUAAUUUGUCUGUUCAAACUUACAUUAUCUCAAUGUUUUUAUGCAAUAUUUUGACAUUUACCGAACAUGCACGGUCCGCGUAAAAAAAAAGUCCCGUUGCGAACUGUCAGAUAAGAAGGUGAUCGCCCAAAGAAGAAAAAGGAUCGCUGUAAUUUAUAAUAACGUCAAUUAAUACUUAGUGUGUAAUAUACCAUUUGUACGGGUUGUGUGUGUUACAUCGGUUCCUCUUUCCUCAAAUCGACCGAGAAAAAAAAACGUGGAUUCGACUGCCUCGCAACAACGAGGGAAGGAAGGCUCGAAUAUCAAGAUAAGUUUUGAAAAGAAAAAAAAAAAAAACAAGAGAAAAAUUAUGCACAUGUAACAAAUAAGACAAAUAAAAUUUAUAUCUCGCGUUUUCGCACAAAAACAAUUUUUAAAAAAUUAAUAAAGAAUGAAUCAUUCAGGCUCUGUAGUUUCUAAACUGAGAAAUAUAAAUCCGGUCAUAUAUAUAUCAUAUAUAAGAGCCGGAGAGAUUUAUUAUCUGACCGUCAAUUUUGUCUGUCUCUUUAGAGUCUACCUCGUCAUUGAAAAAAUAUCGAAAGACAAUGCUUGAUAUAUAUUUUUUUUUUUAAAUAAAUUUUCCAUUUUCAAUAUUUACUAUCUGUUUUGAAAUUGCUCACUUUUUGUAAGAGUAUCUAAAGUUGUUAAAAUUUUAAACAAAAUUUUUUUUAAACAGAGAAAUAUAAAUCCGAUCAUAAGAGCCGUUCGCAGGAUAUUGUGUGCGGAAAUAUGCGUGUAUAUAUAUAUAUGUAUAUAUAUGUAUAUAUUUUCCCAAUGGCGAGGUAGACUCUAAAGAGACAGACAAAAUUGACGGAUAGAUAAUAAUAACGUGUUGCUACAGAUCGGUGUAUUGUGAGUUUACACGAGAGUGAGUAUGUGCGACUCACGCGGGAGAAUAAUUGCACGCACACGAGAGCGAAUAUAGUCUUCCGGGAUAUAUAUAAUUGGUUCGAUUAGCGUGUUGUGGCGUGUCGUACAAUCAAUUAUAUACGUACCUACGAAUCAAAUUCAUUCGUGGCCUUCUGAAUAACUGUUUAGAAUGAUUAGACUUUUUAUCGAGACUGUUUCGAAAAACAAAAAAGAAAAACAAAACAAAACGAAACUUCAAUGUCAAUUCCGUGAUAAUUUAGCGACGUGUAUUAAUUCGGGAUUUUAACGUUAUUAUGAUCAAGUUUAUGAUUAGUGAAGAGACGGUUAUACAGGGUGUCCCACAAUUGCCGUCUCGUAGGCAAGAAGAAGGAGUUAUUCUAAAAGGAAAAGUCCUAUACCAUUUUGGAAGAUUCGCAAUAAUUAACGAGAUAUGAAUUAAUAAAGAUCCGCUAAUCAGCGUGCAUCCAGCGUAAGGGGAGCGUAAGAACAGCCUAGUCUUUCGCGCGGACGCGCAGUUGCGGGAGGAGCCAAUAGAAUAGCAUGUGCACCUUUACAUAAACAGCAUAUAAGCUGCGGGACACUCUGUAUAUGUAUAUAUAUGCGCAUACAGCGGAAUAAAAUUGAAGAACCGAUACUCGUCGCGCUUUAUAAAAAAAAAGCAAAGAUCGUAAAGAAAUCUAAAAUCUAUUUAUAGGAGGCAGGUUCAUAUUUUUAAUUUAAAUAUAUCUUUCACACACACAACACAAUUAUCGACUACGUAACAAAAUCAUAUAUAUAUAUAUAGCUCACACAUAUAUAUAUAUACAUAUAUGUGUGUGUGUGUACAUUAUAUAUAUCACUGUUAUACAAAUGACCAUAACCAGUAAGUUCAAAUUGUUAUUGUUUUAAUCUAUUUUUUGAAUUUAGUUUGAUGAUAAAAACUUCACGACGUAUGAACGGCAUCGCGUCACUUUCGCUGUCGCUGGUUUUCUUUUCAGUUUUUUUUUUUCUUUUUCGAUGACCGCAAGUUGUUACGACACUCUGAUAACAAUAAAAAAAUUAAUGAAAAAAAUAGCUUACGUUCUUCUUAUCUAUCUCUCAAUCUGCGCGACGUAAUAAAUUCUCCAAUGAUAUAAUACACUUGACGUAUUACGUGAUGUAAAUCGAAUGAGUUGCGACAAUGUAAUAAAUCUCCAAUUGCGCGAGAAUUAUAUUUCCGCGAUUCAUUAGAAAUCGGAUGCGACGUGACCGUCGACCGCGUGAGUGACGCGACGGUAAUCUCGAAAGCGGUGUGUGCUCGUUCGCAUUAUAUUAUAUAAUUAAUCAAACGAACGAUCCGCGCAGACACGGGACUCCGUUUUGUCUUCCGUAAAUUGAUAUCCGUCGCCGAAUAUUCGAGUCCGAUGCGCGGCGCGCAGAAGGCAUCUCGAAUGGCGAUUAUUAUUACUUACCGAUAUUGCAAAAGCGUGAUACAAGCGGCUCGCAUAACGCUAAUUGCGCGACGCGCGACAGUCAAUUAAAAAAAAAAAAAAACAAAACAAACAAACAAACAAACUUCCCCCUGCAUCGUUUCAUCAUUGCGGAAAUUCGCGAUAAACGAAGCAAAGUUUCAAUCGUAACGAGAAUCGGUUGCAAAUCUCUACGACGUGCAAGUGAAUGUUUUGUUCGCGAAUUUUCUCGCGAACCAAUCGCUUUGUUUAAAUUUAUCGUAUAAAAAAUGUUUGACAAUUUCUGAAUAUCAAGCACAAACAAUUACGUUUAUAUUUAUUAUCUCUAUACGGACAGCGCUUGCGGAAAUGGUUUUAAAAAAUCUCUAGAGAGAGACGAGAGAUUUGAUCAAAUUUGUACGAUGUUAUCGGAGCCGGUAAACUUCCGCGAGAGAUUUGUCAACGAUUCUCUUCUGUGUACUUAAAUUUCGAGAAUAGCGUAACGUUUUCGUUGUGAUUGUCUUUGGUUUUUUUUUUUUCUGGGGUUUUUUGUUUGAAGGUGAAAUAUCGGUGCCGUAGUGUCUUGUACGUGUAAGAGCGUAGUUUGUAGGGGAAGUUAAGUGGUGUUAAUAAAUGCGAGAUAAAAAUCAUCGCGGAGCGAAUGAUACAUGAUAAUACUUUACCGUAUUCUCGCUCUCCCCCUCUCCCUCCCCCCAUGCGGAUGUAGAUUUUGCUAAGACAAUAUUGAUAUUUACACUGUAUUUAUAAAUAAAUUAUUGUUACGUCGA